AUGGUCAAGAUCGCGAUCGCCGGCGGUGCAGGAAACGUAGCACAAGAAAUCAUCGAUGUGCUACUCAGCACUGGAAAGCACGAUAUUCUGAUUUUCACGCGAAGGGAUAUCCCCACCGAGAAGAGAUCUGAGCACAUUCGCUAUGCGAAAACCAGCUACGGGGAUGCGGAAGAACUAGUAGGAUACCUGCGCGGCAUAGACGUCGUGUUGUCAUUCAUCUGCCCGCAUCGCGACCAGGCCGAAGCCAUUUCGUGCCAGAAAAACCUCAUCGAUGCCAGCGUCAAAGCCGGUGUGAAGCGCUUCGCGCCGAGCGAAUGGGCCAUGCAAAAACUCGAUGGCCUGUCGUGGUACGAGUACAAGCGCGUUGCGCGGCAGUACCUGCAGGACAUCAAUAAAGAUGCCAAGGUCAUCGAGUACUGUCUGUUUCUGCCCGGCCUCUUUACGAAUUACCUGACUAACCCGCACCCAUCGGCCAAGCACCUGACGCAGAUAGACUGCCAGUUUGACUUUGAGAAGCGGCGGGCGAUUAUUAUGGAGGGCAGCGAUAACGACAAAAUGGUCUGGACGACGGUGCAGGAUUUCGCGCAUGUGGUUGCGCGUGCCAUUGAGUUUAAGGGCGAGUGGCCUGUAGUGGGCGGGAUACAGGGGUCGCGCAUGUCGCUCAAGGAACUCAUUGCCAUGGGCGAGGAGGUACGUGGCGGCGCGUUCGCGGUUGAACGCAUUCCAAAGGAGGAUCUGGUCAAGGGGACGUGGAAGACCUCUUGGCUUCCUAUCGUUGCUCACCCUGCGAUCGCUCCCGAGCACCUCGAAGCUGCGGCAAAGGAGAUUAUGGCUGGGCUCAUAUUGGCCGUGAACAAUGGGUCUUUUGAUAUCAGCGGCGAAUGGAACAAGCUGCUGCCAGAUUACAAGUUCACGGAUGCGAAGGAAUUUUUGAGCUGGGAAUGGAGGGGCAAGCCAUGA